CCCAAUAAACCAAAAAAAACCCAAAAUCCAAAAGCCAAGGACCUCUUCUCUCUGUCUGUCUGUCUCUCUUUGCUAUUCUUAUUUUGUUCACAGAAGAAGACAAUGACCAAAAUAACAGCUUAGGGAAUUCAGGAGCACUUCUCUCUAUCUGCUCCUCCUCCUUCCCCUCCCUUUGUCUGUAACAGAUCCAAUUCUUAUUCUUUUUUCACAAUUUUUUUUCUGGUUCCCAAUAAUCGCUUCAUUUGGAUCAGGUAGGUAAAGGUUUCCUUAGAGGCGAUAUUCAUUUGAAUUGGAUCGUGGAAUUUGCUGCCGUUAUUGAUUUCUGUUAAUUCGGAAAACGAGCUACGAUGAAGAAAGUCUUUGACCAAACUGUUAGGGACAUCAAGAGAGAGGUGAAUAAGAAAGUGCUUAAAGUUCCUGGAAUAGAACAGAAGGUUCUUGAUGCUACUAGUAAUGAGCCCUGGGGUCCUCAUGGAUCACUUCUUGCUGAUAUUGCACAGGCAACCAGAAACUACCAUGAAUACCAAAUGAUCAUGUCCGUAAUUUGGAAGCGGCUAAGUGAUACUGGCAAGAAUUGGAGGCAUGUUUACAAGGCAUUAAUUGUUUUGGAAUACAUGGUGGCUCAUGGGUCAGAGCGUGUCAUCGAUGAUAUCAAGGAGCAUGCGUAUCAAAUAUCGACAUUAUCCGAUUUUCAAUACAUUGAUUCGAGUGGAAGGGACCAGGGAAGUAAUGUCAGAAAGAAGUCUCAGAGUCUUGUGGCCCUUGUCAAUGAUAAAGAAAGGAUAAUUGAGGUUAGACAGAAAGCAGCUGCUAACAGGGACAAGUUUCGUAAUACAUCAUCACCAGGCGGAAUGUAUAGGCCCGGUUCCUAUUCAAGUACAGGAGGAUACGGUGACAAAUAUGAUGAUGAUCGUUAUGAAGGCCGCUAUGGAGGUAGGGAUGAGGAUAGAAAUGGUUCUGGUUAUGGGAGGGAAAGAGAAUUGGGCUAUAGGGAUGACGACCGGUAUGGAAAACAAGGGGAUUCAUAUAGUCGUGACGGAGAUCGUUAUGGCAGAGAAUAUGAUGAACGCAACGGCAGAGAAGGUUUUAGGGAUGAUGAUUACCGAGGAAGAAGUCGAAGUGUUGAUGAUUACCAUGACUCUAGAAGUAGAAGCUCUGAUAGAGAGAGAGAGCGCUCAUUGGAUGAUGAUGGCCAAUAUUCAUCUCGUGGUAGUGGCGCUAGAGCUGAUGACCAAUCUCAGGAUGGAAGGCUAAGUAGGAAAUUUUCGGAACAAAACAUUGGCGCUCCUCCUAGUUAUGAAGAGGUUGUAAGUGAAUCUCGAAGUCCUGUUCACAGUGAAAGGGGUGGAGAAACUCCAACAGUUUCUGCUCCUAGAGCUUCUUCUCCCCCUACAAGCACUAAUCCAGGCCAAGCAACCAGUGCUCAAGUUGCUUCUGCAUCGCCUGUAAAGCAGGAAGUGGAGCCUUCUGAUGAAUUUUUUGAUCCACGUGGUUCUGUUUCAGGCGUUCCAUUUGGUUCUGUUUCAGCAGCUGCCCAAACUGCCCAAGCUGCUUCAGCUGCCCCAGCUACCUCAAACAAUGUUGAGAUGGACUUACUCGGCUCCCUAUCAGACUCAUUCUCUUCAAAUGCAUUGGCCAUUGUGCCAACUACAUCUCCUACCACUACAUUUGAACCUGAUGCCCAUGCAAACUCUGGUUCUGCGACCACAUUUGUGGCAACUCCAUCAGCGUCUAAUGUUAUGAGCCAGUCAUUUGAUGAUCCAUUUGGCGACUCCCCCUUCAGAGCUCUCCCUUCCGGUGAGACUGUCCAACCUCAGCCACAGACUUCCACACCCACGGACUCUUUCCCUCCAACCAUGAACCAGGAUGCAGCUAACUUUCCCUUUGGGGACUCAUUUUCUGCCGUAACUUAUUCUGCACCUGGGGUUUCCAGUGUUCAAACUCCGCCAACAAACUCACAAUUUUUGCCUCAAGAGCAGUCUGCUGAACACAACACUGAUAUUCUCGCAGAUAUUCUCCCACCUCCUGGACCUUCACCUGUCAUGACUUCACAACCACCCUUUUCAGGUCCAACAGGUCAACCUUCACAGCCAAGUGCUAAUAUGUAUGGGAAUUUUCAUGCGCAGCCUGGAGCUAUUGUGCCUCAUAAUCAAACUGGAUUUGCUGGACAAAACAGCAGUGGGGGGUUUUCCCCACAGGGAGGACCUACAGCUCCCAUCACUUCACAUGUGGCUCCCCAAACUCCGACAGGACCAAUUGCGCAGUUUAACAGUGGGAAUUUCAUUUCACAACAAGGUGGAUUUUCCGCUCCCAAUAGCGGAAACUACUUCUCACAACAAGGAGGUUCUACAGCUCCCAUCACCUCAUACAUAGCUCCUCAAACUCAUACUGGACCAGCUGCACAACUUAAUGGUGGGAACUUUCAUCCACAACAGGGUUCUGUCGGCCCAGUAGCUUCACAGGCUGUUCAUCAAGCUCCAACCGGACCAGGUUUGCAGCACAACAGUGAUGUUCUUGGCAACCUUUUUCCACAAACAGGGCCAAACACUUCAAUGGGUUCACAUCAAGCACUGUCAUCUUCAACAGGGGCACUUUCUUUAGUUGCUCAACCACCUAAAGACAAGUUUGAGCCCAAGUCAGCAGUUUGGGCUGAUACACUGAGCAGAGGACUAGUUAAUUUUAAUAUAUCUGGAGCUAAAAUUAAUCCGUUGAAUGAUAUUGGAAUUGAUUUUGAUUCCAUUAACCGGAAAGAAAAGAGGAUGGAGAGGCAGCCAGCAACUCCUGCAGCAUCUACUGUUACCAUGGGUAAAGCUAUGGGAUCUGGUUCUGGUAUUGGCCGUGCAGGUGCAAGCGUUCUUAGGGGUCAACCAAACCCUAUGAUAGGUUCUGGUAUGGGCAUGGGUAUGGGUCCAGGUCCAGGUCCGGCUAUGGGUAUGGGUAUGGGUAUGGGUGGUGGUCCGGGUGGAGGCAUGGGCAUGGGUGGUUAUGGAGGCAUGAAUCAACCCAUGGGUAUGGGAAUGGGUAUGGGGAUGAACAUGGGAAUGGGAAUGAAUAUGGGCGUGGGGAUGCAAGGGCCAACUGGAUUGCCUCCUGGGUCAAACAUGCCUGCCGGUUAUAACCCCAUGAUGGGGGCAGGUGGUUAUCCUCAGCAGCCAUAUGGCGGUGGCUACCGAUGAAAUUCACGGAAAUAAUCAAUACAUGUUUGAUUUGAGGUCGAUAAGACUGCAAUGCCAAGCUGGGUUUUUACUAUAAAAUUCUAUCACAAUUCACAUCUAGACCAAUAUUUGGUAUAGAAGGUUGUAUUUUAAAACAAAAAGUGGUGUAAUUUUAUGUGGCCCCCAUGUGAUGUAUUUUUUAUCCGUCCCCUUUGUAACUCUCCUGGUUUCUCAAGGGGUCACCAGAGAGUUAUAUAGGUGCAUUGCCUUAGCUGGUUUUUGCUGUUGUCUUGUUUGUGUAGUAGUGGAGAUAACCGUUCUCAGGUUAUCAUUUCUGUUUUUAUCUUUUUUAUAUUUUUUUUAAUAUCAGAUAUAUA